AUGAACAAAAAACGCAAUAGAGAAAGCGAAGAACCGAUGGUUUCAACUACUUCCGGUUACACUUCUACGCUUAUGGAAGAAAAAAGAUCAGUUAAUAAUAAAAAAUUACGUGCAGAUUCUCCAGAACCUAUCGAUAAGACGGAAAAUAUAUCUGCGAACAUGAUGAAUACAAAUUCAAAAACUGGGAAUAACAUUUAAGAAAAUCACGAUGAAAUGAAUGAUAACGAUGCAACUAUCGAGGUACUGAAGAGCUAGAUGUUUCAAGUGUCUAGUUUAUCAGUUUGGCAAGUCCUCAAUAUGACAAUGGCAAUUGUUUUACGAUUUCAUUUGUCAGAUGAAGCUCAUCAAGCUAUUUUAGAGCUUAUAAAAGUAUUAGCUGGACCGGAUUUCAAAAAUUUGUCUAUAUCAAAGUAUAACAUUAACAAAUUAUUUAGCCAAGUCGAUGAUUUUGUGAAAUACAUCUUUUAUUGUACUGUAUGUAACACACGAUUAGCAAAUCCAAUCCCGAUGAAUACAAAUAUAAAGAAAAAAGUGCAAUGCAAAAAGUGUAAAAAACGCUACAUAACUUCGAAAAAAGCAGAAAAUUUCUUCGUAACAGUAGAUAUUAAAUUUAACUCUCACAUGUGGAUACAAACACUGUCUAUUUGUUGCUCUGGCUAAAAUUCAUUUUUUCUGUGAUCAAGUGCUGAAUAUAAUUUCUGUUUUUGGUAUAUUCAUAAACGCAGGGUUCUGUUCUACAAAGUGAUAUAAUAAUUCUUAUAAAUUGGUUGUGUUUUAUAGUAAAUUUUAAUAAUUAAAAGGUGAAAAUUUAUAAGAAAGUGUAAGGUUAAGUUUGAGCUGUUUUCCUGCGCAACUUUCCAGCGCUUCACUUAUAGUAACAGUAUCUGUGUGUUGAUUAAAUUAGAAGUGUCAUUGGUCAUUAGUGUACAUCCAUGAGUCCAAGUUUCACAUAUCUUCGGGAGACUGCACUAGUGUAAGUGUACAACUCAACAAGCCACACAUUCUACUAAUCUGAUAUCUGCUUUGUUCCAUUCACUAUACUCUCUGUGUAUAUAUGUGAAUGUCAUCUAUAGUUGACAUCAAGAUUUUGUAUUGUUGUAUUUCACUUAUAAGCCUAAAUGCACUAUGUAAUUGAUGUUAGCUACUCAACAACUCCCAGAGUGAACAUGCAUUGUUUUUAUUGUAUGUCUUAAUGUUCCGGUAUGUCAUUGUUGAAUGAUAUCUGCUUCAGAUGUAAAUCUGCAUUCAGAACACCGUACACCUGUGAUACAUGCAAUAAAUCUUUCCAUAAAAGUUGUAUGUGUGGUUACAUCAAAUCGAGACAAAAGGGUGAUUGUUGUAGAUUAAAGUUCGCAUACUUGCUUGAACUAUUGGACACUAAUAUCAAUAAUAAUAAAAUUAGAAUUACUAAUAAUAUCCGGGUAAAUUCAUUAAGGUCGGUAACUUCAAAUAAUUCGUCAACUUCCAGCUUUAAAUCUGCUAAAUCAACAAACUCGCCUGCUCAGCGUGAUGGAACUAAAUUGAAAACAAGUAUAUUGUCUCCGAGUACUCCUACAGGCUUGCCAUCUCCUGCUAGUGACUCAGUGUUUUUUCCGGAAUCUGAUAAUUUCUCAAGGGACAAUUUGGAUCGAAACUCUGAAGGAUCAAUCUCAAAGGAAGCUACACCUACUCUGAAUUCAGCAAUGACUUCUCUUUCAAAUGGAUGGUCAACAAUGUCAACAGAUGAUAAAUUAACUUCGGUCUUGUUUGAUCUAACCAAGGCUUUUGAUUAUGUUGACCAUAAAGUUAUUUUGAGAACCUUGGUUGAAUUAGGCUUCUCUAUUGAGACAAUCACCUGGUUCUUUUCAUAUCUGACUAACAGGAGUCAGUCAGUGGUAGAUAAACAAGGGAUUCCGGUGGGUUUUGUUGAAACCACGUCUGGUGUUCCUCAAGGCUCGGUCCUAGGAGCUAUAUUAUUUUUAAUAGUUAUGAACCUAGUAAUUAAACGGCUGGCAUAUAGUCGAUAUGGUCUAUUUGCCGAUGACACAUACAUCUACUUACAUUUCUAUUCGUAUCAGCUCCAUGAAGCAAUAAGGCUGAUAAAUGUUGAUGCCCAAGCUGUUGCUGAUUGGGCCAGAGAGAAUGGCUUAGAAGUAAAUCUUAAAACAAAAGCCAUGCUGUUAGGAUCAAAUAAUAGAGUGAAAUCUCUUAUACGUGAAGGAUUACCCCCUAUCAUCAUUGAUAGUGUGACACUCCCGUAUACGGACUCGGCUAAGUGUCUUGGACUCCAUUUAUCGAGUGAUCUAUCUUGGAAUUUUCAUGUUGUAAAAACAGUAAGCAAAAUAAACUCUACAUUAUAUAGUCUGAAACUACGUAAAAAUAUUUACACUGCUAAUAUAAAAAAACUUCUAGUCUCAGCAACUAUUUUACCCCUAAUUGACUAUUGCAUUAUUGUUUUAACAAAUUCAUUAUAUGAAAAUGAUCGUAAACUUCAACGUUCGUUAAACUCAGCUAUUCGCUUUAUCUUUCACUUGAAGCGUGACGAACACAUCACGCCUUACAGACGUGAACUUGGUUGGCUAUCUAUUAAAAGUCGCCGUAUUUAUUAUGUUGCUUGCUAUUUUUAUAAACUUUUAGACAUAGAAAAACCUUGUUACUUGCGAGAUUUAUUCUGUAAAGAUCUUACUGUUAAGCACUCUGAAAGAUUAGCAGCAAAGAAAAACAGUAGUUUCAAAAUGCCGAAUUUUGCUACAACUCAUUAUGAAUAUUCUUUUGUUGUAACGGUCAUACGUCUUUGGGAUGAACUUCCAGUAGACAUUGUUAACUCAUCUAGCCUAGAAAUCUUCAAGAAUAAACUGUUCGAUUACUUAUUUAAUCUGGAUAUUUAAUCUCUAUUGUCUUAUUUACUAUAAUUGG